CGCCUCCUAAAUGUAGCCGAUAUCUCGUUGUCUCUAUGAGGUGAAAGGUCACGCUACAGUGAGCCAAGAUGACAACUCUGCGGCCGUUUACAUGCGAUGAUUUGUUUAAAUUCAACAAUAUAAACCUGGAUCCUCUCACAGAGACUUAUGGGAUCCCGUUUUACCUGCAGUACCUCGCUCACUGGCCGGAGUACUUUAUUGUUGCUGAGGCUCCUGGAGGAGAACUGAUGGGCUACAUUAUGGGGAAGGCGGAGGGAUCUGUGGCUCGCGAGGAGUGGCACGGCCACGUCACCGCUCUGUCCGUGGCUCCGGAGUUCAGACGGCUUGGCCUGGCCGCCAAACUCAUGGAAAUGCUGGAGGAGAUCUCAGAGAGGAAAGGUGGAUUCUUCGUGGAUCUGUUCGUACGAGUGUCCAACCAGGUGGCAGUGAACAUGUACAAACGUCUGGGCUACAGCGUGUACAGGACAGUCAUAGAGUAUUACUCUGCCAGCAAUGGAGAGCCAGAUGAAGAUGCUUAUGACAUGAGGAAAGCUCUGUCCAGAGACACGGAGAAGAAGUCGAUCAUCCCACUGCCGCACCCCGUCAGACCCGAGGACAUCGAAUAACAGCAGACUGUGGCUCUCUGACACUCGUACAUUGACGUACAUUGAUAAACUGUCAUUCCUCAGAGAGCCACUGGUCCUACAAAGAGUUUCAUCUACUGUAAAUAUUAAAUGAACAUUUAGAAAAAGAACACGCAACACGUGACUUUGAGCCGAUGUUUGUGUAAUCGCACAAAGAAAACAUACAAUAAAGACUCAUCCUGAGCCUCCAGCUUUUGUGUUUAAAAAAUUAAAAUAAAAAAAAUACUAGAAAAA